AUGGAUAAUCAAAACCCGCAAGAAAAAGCAGCACCAAUACAGUAUGUUCGAGGGACACGUGCAUUUCGUCAGUUUAAAAAUCCACCACAACCUCAUAUGUGUAUCCAAGAUACAAUAAAAGAUACUUCAGAAAAGUUAUACAUAAAUGUUUUGGGAUGGCAGAAAAUAGCGAAUCCGAAACAGUAUUCUGAUCCCAUACCAUUAUAUGGAGGGAUGCAGGUGCAGCAAGGGUGCGGACCAAACAGUAACAGGCCACCUCUUCUUGUGUUUGCAGUGAUGGUAAAUCCAGACAUCUUAAAGGCUAAUGGCAAGAAUGCUUCUAAUCCUACUGAUCGAGAAGCCUUAGUAAGCCUUCUUUGCGAUUUUGUGGAGGCAAUGAACCCUGGUUUGGUACUGGCUAGGAAUCCAGUCAUACUCAAAGAUAGAGAUCUAGCUGGGGAGCUGAAAGAUGUUUGGCUUGCAGUCCAGAAUAAGAGAGAAAAGGAAAAAGGAUUGAGUCAAGAUGUGAUGUACAAGGUCUAUGAUAUUGAUGGGAUUGGUAGUGAUGAAAUUAAUGAAGAUGAUAGAAAUAACUCUAGAGGCAAUAGACAAUAUGACAAUGGAUCACCAAAUAGAAAUCAUCAAAACAGUGAAAGAAAGAACACAGUUAAAUCCUCAAAACAAAUAUUGCUCAAUGCAGGUCAGAAGUCCGAAUUUGACUCAGGCAUGAACAACUGCCAAAUUAAUCAAAAUCUAGCACUUAGAGAUAAUAAAUGUGGGAAUACAAACUCCGAUACAACCUAUUGCACGCCGGUUUACGGUCAAAUUGUAUCCAGCCGGGAGAACCACUACCAAAUUAAUGACAUACAACAAAAAUUUGCAUCUAAUGAAACAACCAAGCCAUCAAGUUCAUUCAGGAAAGACUGGGACCCUGUCCGUUCAAAAACCGAGGGUUGGAAUGAACAGUCCUUUGAUGAUGUCAAAAAGCAAAAAUGUUUAAAAACAGACAAAUCAAACAAGCAUGUGAGUAAUGGAAAGACACAAUAUGACUUUUACCCUGUGUUUGACAAUAAAACUACAAACAACGACUUGGACUUGGUAAAAGACAGCGUGGCAGUUAAUAGCUUGUGUAGAAAACAGGAGUUAAACGAAGACAAUUCUAAAAUAAUACUAGACCCAAUGCAGAAAUUAGUUUUGCAUUCGACUGAUAAUAAAUUAUGUGAUAAUAAAACAAGUGCUCUCAGCUCAUUUAGCUCAUAA